CACUUAUCUUUACUCCAUCAACACACACCGAAGCUGCAAGUCAGAGAACUUCAUCACCAGCCUUCCGGUUUCCGGUUGUAGAUGCUCUUAUCCCGUCGUCAUUCCACUUCCGCGGUUCCGGACCCCAACGGCACACAGCGUGCCUUCCCCUCCCCCGUUGCCCUCCAACUGCAGCGCGAGAAGCGGCACGGGCUCUUCCUCCUCGUUGCCGGGUACCAAUCCACCAGCGAGAAGCUUCUCCUUGUCUUCCCCCCUUUCAUCUUCCUCGUCGCGGAGAGACGAAAGCGGCGGAGGGAGCGUCGGGGUCCCCGUCGGCGGCACCGGCACGCAAGCCUGGGCUCAAAUUUCAGCAUCGGCGCACCAAGUAGUCGAGAUUUCAGAAGGGAGGCUUCAUGCAGGUUUGUGGCGUUCAGUUGAGCUCAGCAACAUCUCGCUGGCGAGAAUCAUGGCCGCCAUUUGGUGGAUCCUACGAGUGUGCUGGACAUAGCUGUUGCAUCUCUGGGAGUCAAAGACCGUUAUGUAGAGUACAAUGCUGUCAGGUGCCACGUUCUACUGGAAAUGUAGCUCAUCUUCAGAAGGAGGACAAAUAUUCUUGUGUUGAUAGGUCAACUUCUUACCUGCACGUGCAAACUCUUAGGAAUUUCCCAAUUGAAAAACUUUAUGGAGAGGUGGUCCUGGUGCGACUUGAUUCUGUACUUCUUUUAGAUCCUCUAGGACUAUCUAGUUGCUCACUAAAAAGGACACUGUCAACUAUCAAAUACUUGUACAAAGCAGGAGGGAAAGUUCUUCUAGUUACCAGUUGGGAUCCAGUCCUCCAAUCUGUUAAUCCAGUGCUCAAGUCAACCGAAUCUUUUGCAGACUACAUGUCAUCGCUUCUUCAAGUAAAGGUCAUCCCAGUGAAUGGUGUCCCUUGUUUAACAUCAUGUAAGAAGGAAGAACGGGUGCAGAAUGAUAUUAUCUUGUUUGAAAAUCUUUUGAACUUCAGGGGAGAAAAUGCAAACUGCAAUGAUUUUUCUCAGAAGCUAGCUUCAGGUGCAGCAAUCUUUGUCAAUGAUUCUUUCUCAUUGUCUCAUAAGAUUCGCGCAUCAACGGUUGGCAUCACUCGUUUCUGCUACGCAUCUCUUGCUGGUUUCCAUUUUGAGGAGGAGCUUAUGCAAUUGCUAAAGAUCAAUGACACCACAAGGCGCCCAUACAUUGCAAUAAUUGGAGGCAGUAACUUCUUGAGAAAGGCACCUGCACUGCAUCUGUUAGCCUCUCAAUGCGAUGGGUUGUUUCUUGUUGGAAAAUUAUCAUUUCAAAUAAUGAAUGGCCUUGGAAUUCCAGUGUCCUCCUGUUUGAUAGAAAAAAAUGCAACCAAGGAAGUGUUACAACUUAUUGAAAUAGCUCAUAAUAGGAACAUUCCUAUUUAUUAUCCAACAGACCUGUGGUGUUUGAACAGCAACAAUAAUGAACAACUGGAAAUAUUUGACUCAGCUGAACUAUUGUCUGGCUUAAUUUCUUUGGGCUGGACACCAGUUGAUAUAGGGCCAUCGACAUUGGAGAGAAUUUCUUCUUUGUUGUCAUCAUACAAGAAGAUCCUAUGGAUCGGUCCUACAAGCUUUGACUUGACAGAAGAAUUUUCUGUCGGGGCAACACAGUUGGGUCAGAUACUGAACAAAGCAAGUCAUAAUAGCUGUGACAUUAUUUUAGUAGGGGGUGCAGCAUGCAAGGCAGUAAAAGGAAUGUCAGAUUCUUCAUCACAAUAUACAGCAUCUGAAAAUGAAUCUAUUGUAUGGGAAUUUCUCAAAGGAAGAAUAUUGCCUGGUAUUGCAGCAUUGGAUAAAAGCUAUCCCUAUCAGAUUCCAUGGGAUGACGUCUUCUCUGACACCACACAACCAUUGUUUGUUGAUAUAGGAAGUGACGUGUGCGUGGCAUGGAUGGUGAAGCAGCAGCAGUUUGCUGCACAGAAGAUCCGGGGUCUGCAGCAGAAAAAUCCACAUCAGUAUCCCCCGGUGAUCCCGAGGCAGACACUCUGGGAUCUGACGAGGAGGCAGGAUUUUCUGCGGCUUCAGCGGGUGAUGAAGGGGCGCCAUCCGCCACAGAAGAUCCGCCCGCAGCAGGAGAUUCGCUCCCACCAGAAGCGUCAUCAGGAUCCAUGCGAGAUCCAGCGCCUGUCGGGUGGUCCACCGCAUGGGGCCCCGAGCCGGACGGCCAACGCGGGCGCCGCGCGUAGCACGUGGGCGGAUCGGGGAAGCGGCUCGUCAGCUGCCGCAUGGGGCCCGGAGAUUGGCGCGGGCCAUCAGCGCCCGCGGAUAGGUCGAAGGCGGGGCGCGCUGCCGAGUCAGGGCGGGCGACCCGAGCGCUGUCGGGCGUGUCGUUGUCAGGCGCAGGUGCAGAGGGCGUCAAUCCCGAAGGAGAUCGCCUGCAGGACUGGUGCGGCCCGGAUCCCGAGGGAGAUAUGUUCCCCGAGGGCCUGCACAUGAAAUAUGGCUCGUUUGGAGCCGUUUCUUCACCGUUUUCAUCACCGUGAGCACCAUUGGCUUCACUGUUUUGUCCUGCAUCUUCACAUAGCUCAAGCAAACUGUUAUGAGGAUUAGUUUGCAUGUGAUCAUUACAGUUAUCUUCCCCAGAGGCACCUACUAGAUGUGAUGGCAAAAGGAGAAUUUCUUGGCGAAGAAGAGCACCGGCGUUUGGAUGUAGAUCAGCAAAGGGAAACUUUGUCUCGUCAAACACGACAUCUCUAGAGAUAUAGACUCGUCCAGUGGAGACAUCAAGGCACUUAACUCCUUUAUGUUGAGGGCUAUAGCCCAAGAAGACACACUGUUUCGAGCGAAACAUAAGUUUGCGAUUGUUGUAGGGUCUAAAGGUUUGGCCAACAUGCGCACCCAAAGACACGAAGUGAUGUAUAAUCGGGUUUGAUGCGAAGGAGCCUUUCUACCGGUGUUUCAUGAUUAAUGACACGACUAGGAAGCAUGUUGAUGAUAUGAACAGCGGUAAGAAAAGCCUCAUCCCAAAAUUUGAGGGGCAUGGAUGCGCCAGCCAAGAGAGCUAGACCAACCUCAACAAUGUGCCUAUUUCUUUCGGCAGAUCCAUUCUGCUGAUGAGCAUGAGGACAAGAAACUUGGUGAGAGAUGCCAAGAGUUUGGAAGAACGAGUUUAAUUUUUCAUAUUCCCCUCCCCAAUUGGAUUGAACGGCAAUGAUUUUGCUAUUAAACUUUCGUUCAACGAGAGCUUGGAAGUUGUGAAACACUUGAAAGACCUCGGAUCUUUUUUUAAGUAAAUAGAUCCAAGAAUACUUGCUAUAGUCAUCAAUGAAGCUAACAUAGUAAGUAUGCCUACCAACAGAACUUGGACCAGGACCCCAAACAUCAGAAAAAAUAAGUUGCAACGGUUUGGUAGAAAUACUCGUGGAAAUUGGAUAAGGUAAUUGAUGGCUUUUAGCCUUUUGACAAGAAUCACAAAUUGUUUCAACAUUAUGCUCUCCAACAUAUGGAAGCUUAUUCUUCCUAAGCAAUCGUUCAACUAAAGAAAAAGAUGCAUGCCCUAGUCUAUCAUGCCACCUUGUCGAGGAGACUUUGGUGACACCAUAAGCUUGCUUAUUUAUUCUUCUAAACUCCGGAAUCAAUGGGUAAAGCCCGCGAACACAUCUACCUCGGUAGAGCACCUUCCUCGUUGCCUGAUCCUUGAUCAAAAAGAAAAAAGGGUGAAACUCGAGAAAGACAUGAUUGUCAAUGGCAAUACGAUGAACGGAGAGUAGAUUUUUAGAUGCACUAGGGACAUGAAGGAUUUUUCUUAUAUGAAUCUUUCGGUGAGGGGUUUGAAAAACUGAAUGACCAACAUGUUUAAUCCUCAUACCUGAUCCGCUUGCUGUAUGUAUCUGGUCUUGGCCGCGGUACUUCUCCCGCAUAGUCACCUUUUCAAGUUCACCGGUGAUGUGAUUUGUAGCGCCACUAUCAACAUACCAGUUUGUAUCAACCCCGUAUGAGGCUUCUGCAGCACCAGCGACCUUCUCAUCUUGCGAGGAUUCUCCUUCAUCCUCCUCAAACCGGUACCAGCAAUCCCUUGCUGAGUGACCGAUCUUGCCGCAGAUUUGACACUUGACAGCGUCGGGGUGGCUCCUGGAGUUGUUGUGACG